AUGGAGGUAAGAACUUUUGAAUUUUUUUAUUGAAAAAUGCAAAAAUUUAUAGCAAAUGCUGACUCAAAUUCAUGAAACAAAUGCAGAAAUUCAAAGAUUUGUUUAUGCAACCGCUACACAUUGGCAGAUUUAUUGGAACUUGGUAAUUCCUCUCACUAAAUUAUAAUUUUUCAAAACCAAAUUUCAGAGAAACUGGAUCAGAACACUCGAACAAGUGCAUAAUACAUUGGAAAGAAAUUCAACAAAUAAUGUUUCACCAAGAUAUGUUGAUUUAUCAAACCAUGACAUAGUAAGUGAUUAAAAAUUGUUAGUUUCAGUUUCUUCUUACAAUAAAAUUUCCAGGAAGUAUUCACAAAUGCAUUAACACGAGCUCGUCUCAAGUAUGAUCAAAGUGUAGCAAAACUUGUGCGAGAAAUUAUGGAGUCGUCAGAUUGUGAGAGUGUUGCAAACAGUGAUUAUGAUACCGAUGAUGAUUAG